CAAUGAUUCUACCAUUCACAAUAUUUCAUAUCAUUGUUUUAAUAAUAUCUCCUCCACUAGCCUCAGGUUGUAAUUCAACAUGUGGAAGUUUGUAUAUUCCUUUCCCAUUCGGAAUGGAUGAACCUCAUUGCUAUGCACACAAAUGGUUUGAAAUAGAAUGCAAAUUAGGCAGAAAUUCUUCUGAUAUUCCUAAACCUUACUUGAAGUCGUUAAAUCUUGAAGUAAGAGAUUUUGAUGCAAACUCGAGCUUGGUUACGAUUAUGAGCCCAAUUUACCAUUCCAAUUGUAAAAAUAACAAAAACAGUAGCAACAGUAAUAAAAUUGUUACUCUUAGAGACAGUCCUUUCGUAUAUUCACAGAAUGAAAACACAUUUCUAGCUGUGGGAUGUAACAAUCUUGCUUUUCUUCAGUCAAACGGGACAACCGUUGGUGGUUGUGUAUCAAUUUGCGACGACGACAACAGUAACAAUUUCAAUUUAGGUAACUACGAUUGUAAUGGAAAGUAUUGCUGUAAGACUUCUUUGCCUUCACAUCUUUCAGAGUUUAAUGCAACAGUAAGAGGUUUAGGCGAACUGAGUAGUGGUGGGUGUGGUUAUGCUUUGAUUGCAAGGACUUAUUGGAUAAUAUUCGGUAGUUCGGAUAACAGCGCAUAUGAGAUUGAGAAAUUGAAUGAAUUGAAGAAUAUGGAAUAUGUUCCUGCACUUCUUGAGUGGGAGAUUUUGAAUGAUAUGUUAAUUAAUUCCACAUUUCAACUACCUCCAGAUUUUUAUGACUCCAACGUUACUUCUUUAAGUAGUAAAAACACUGGUAGGCAAUGUCGAUGCUCCGAGGGUUACUACGGCAAUUCCUACCUUCCUGGAGGUUGCACAGAAAAUCAAAGAUUUUCAUAUAAGAAUAAUCGGGUGAAGAAGUGGGCUAUUAAUGUAGGAAUUUCAUCAAGUCUCGGAUCCAUCGGUUUGCUCAUUGGUCUAUGGUUUUUGUACAAAUCUAUAAAACGAAGAAUGGUAAAGAAACGCAGAGAAAACUUCUUCAAAAGAAACGGUGGUUUGUUGUUACAAAAAAGAAUGUCUUCAGGAGAAGUAAAUGUUGAUAGAACUACUCUCUUCACCUUAAAGGAUUUAAAAAAAGCCACCGACAAUUUCAAUAAGAACAGAGUUCUUGGAAAGGGUGGCCAAGGUACAGUUUACAAGGGCAUGUUGGUGGAUGGUAAAAUUGUUGCAGUGAAAAAAUUUAAGGUUGAAGGAAAGGUUGAAGAGUUCAUCAAUGAGUUUGUGAUUCUUUCACAAAUCAACAAUAGAAAUAUUGUCAAACUAUUGGGAUGUUGUUUGGAGACAGAAAUUCCGUUGCUUGUUUAUGAAUUCAUUCCCAAUGGUAACCUUUUUGAAUAUCUGCAUGACCAAAAUGAGGACAUUCCAAUGACAUGGGACAUGCGUUUGAGAAUUGCCUGCGAAAUUGCUGGAGCUUUAUUUUAUUUGCACUCAGUUGCAUCUCAGCCAAUUUAUCAUAGAGACAUCAAAUCAACAAAUAUACUAUUGGAUGAAAAGUAUAGGGCAAAGGUAGCAGAUUUUGGAGCAUCAAGAAUAAUUUUAAUUGAAGAUACUCAUCUUACCACAAUGGUUCAAGGUACUUUUGGAUACAUAGACCCUGAAUAUUUUUACACUAGCCAAUUUACCGAGAAAAGUGAUGUUUAUAGCUUUGGAGUAGUCCUUGCUGAACUUUUAACUGGUAAAAAGCCAAUAUCUUCUACAACAACAUCCGAGGAUUCACAAAAUUUAUCUUCCUAUUUUGUUCAGUGUAUAGAGGAGAAUAUGUUGUUUGACAUUAUUGACAAAAGGACCAUAGAAGGAGGGGAGAAAGAACAUAUCAUUGCAGUUGCAAAUCUUGCAUAUAGAUGCUUAGAAAUAAAUGGAAGAAAACGACCAACUAUGAAAGAAGUCACAUUAGAAUUGGAAGGGAUCAGUGGAUUCAAUAACAAGUUUAAUGCACAACAAAAUGACGAGGAAAUUGAGUUUUAUGGAAUUGAACAAUAUCAACCUUGGGAUGGGUUUUCUGCAUCAAAUUCAUUAUCAAUUAUGAGCAACCAAACACACUCCACAGACUCGAAGCUUAUGCACAUUCGUGCAAUAGAAUAGUUUUUUUUAUUUUUUUUUUAGAAUAGUUGAUUUGCUUAAUUUCUUUUCUUUGGUAUUAAUUAUUGUAUCAUUUUAUUACAAAUAAGAGUUUGCUUAGAAUUUGAAAAUCA